UGUGCUCGCUCGCUCUCUCUCUCUCUCUCUCAAACAAAUAAAAUUUUAAAAAAAUUAUAAAAAAAUAAAUAGGUUCCUGGUGGUCGGUUGUCGCAGUUGGUGGAUAGUAACUGAGCCAAGAUGUGGAAUCUGCUGGCUCUUCGUCAGAUUGCCCAGAGGACCAUAAGUACUGCUUCACGCAGGCAGUUUGAAAAUAAAGUUCCAGAGAAACAAAAGCUAUUUCAGGAGGAUAAUGGAAUUCCAGUGCAUCUAAAGGGUGGAGUAGCUGAUGCCCUCCUGUAUAGAGCCACUAUGAUCCUUACAGUUGGUGCAACAGCAUAUGCCAUAUAUCAGCUAGCUAUGGCUUCAUUUCCCAAGAAGCAGGAUUGACUUCAGUUUAUCAUCUCAGCAGGCAGUUGGUUCAGUUUCAUUCAGCUCUCUAUGGACCAGAUAAAUAAAUGAGUUCUUCUUUGGGGAUCAAUAUUUAUUGACUUAUACUAACUGCCACCAAUAAGGCAGACUUUACCAUGAAAUAAAUAAAUAAAUAAAUAAUAAAUAAAAUGGGAAGUUUAGCUCUGAGUUGGCAAGCAAUAGCCUGUGAGCCAAAUCUUAUGUGUUGCCAGUAGGUUUUAUUGGAACACAGCCAUGCUUAUCUGUUUACAUAUCAAUGGCUGCUUCCAUGCUACAAGGGUAGAGUUGAGUGGUUGUGACAGAGACCUUAUGGCCUGCAAAGCUGGAAAUAUUUAGUAUAUGGCUCAUUACAGAAAAGGUUUGCCUAUUCUGGUUCUAGUAGAAAGCGAAACAAAGUAAGCCAGAUUAUGGAGGGUUUUCUGAAUCAUGCAGAAUAAUUUGGACUUGAUCCUCUAGGUGGUGGGAAGUCACUAAAGGGUUUUAGUGGAAUGACAUGGUCAGGUUUGUAUUUUUGAGCUCUCUGCAACAAUCGGUAUAGAGGGUGGUUCAGAUGGAGAAGGCUCAGGACCAGGAAAACAGAAGACUGAUACUGCAGAGGGGACUUUGCUUGUACUGGAUCACUCUGGAGAAAGUGGGCUUAGCAGCUAACACUGUCUACAGCUACACUUGGUGCCAUUAAAAGGAAAAACCCCCACCUACCUGCA